AUGUAUUGUCAUUAUAUUUCUGUAGCUCCUAUUUCGACGAAUUUCAUAACAUUUUCCACACACGUAUUCCUUUUAUUUUCUCGAUCAGAGUGAGACCGCAAACACGGUAAAGUGCGAUAAACUACAUUAGCGUCGGUGUGAUUCGUGUCGCAUGGAGUUGGCUAAUAUCAUGCUGUCUUGCUAACUCGCUAUUUACUCUCUUUAUCAUUGACUAUGAGGGCAGCACUGUUCAGCUAUGAAUCGUCAGCCAAUCAGAACACAACAAUUCGUUGCAUUCUCUCAAUUCAAGAAUCUCGUUGCCCCCCUCCGGAUAUUGUUCUUGAAUUGAGAGAUUACUAUUCAUGUAAUGAACAGAAGUAAGUAAACAACGUGCUUCUGAGUAACAAAUUAACAGGUGGUAAUUAUCUUUACAAUCAACAUGAUAUCAAACGAGAUGGAAGUGGACGAAGAAAAUGAAACGAAACCGCUGAACUUCCACGAGUUAGAACUGGACGAUAGAAUACUGAAGGCUGUCGCAAAACUAGGUUGGUUGCAGCCUACAUUGAUACAAGAAAAAGCGAUACCGUUAAUGUUAGAUGGAAAGGAUAUUUUGAUCAGAGCGCGUACAGGAUCUGGAAAAACAGCUGCAUUUACUAUACCACUCAUCCAGAAAAUUUUAAUGAACAAGCGCUCGCAGAAAAAGCAAGAAAUUAAAGGUCUUAUCAUAGCACCUAGCAAGGAACUGUGUAAACAGAUACGCGAUGUAGUGAUCAAUUUAACUAUAAAAUGUAGUAGAGAAGUAAUAGUAGUUGAUGUUAGUCCACAAGUAGAUCUGAGUGCUCAGAAAAUGUUGCUAACAGAGAAACCUGAUAUUGUUAUUGGUACUCCAAGCAGAAUAUUACAACACUUAAAAGCAGAUAACAUGAAAUUGAAGCGUACUUUGGAGACAUUAGUAAUUGACGAAGCUGACUUGAUAUUUUCUUUUGGAUACGAGGAUGAAAUAAAAAGUUUAUUGAAUUAUUUGCCUACUGUGUAUCAAGCAGCAUUAGCUUCUGCAACUUUGUCAGAAGAUGUUAUCACUUUAAAAAAAUUGGUUCUUCAUAAUCCAGCUACUCUAAAACUAGAGGAGCCUCCAUUAGCUCCAUUAUCUCAAUUAUCACAUUAUAGUCUUGCUGCAGAGGAAAAUGAUAAAUCUGCUAUUUUAUAUGCUCUGUUGAAGCUAAAGUUAAUUCGGGGGAAAACUAUUAUCUUUGUGAAUACAGUGGAUCGUUGUUAUAAAUUAAAAUUAUUUUUGGAACAGUUUGGUAUACCUACCUGUGUCUUAAAUUCUGAAUUGCCCGCAGUUUCACGAUGUAGAGCUGUUACUCAAUUUAAUUCUGGAACAUACGAUAUCAUAAUCGCAUCGGAUGAAAAAUCAUUGGAAGAACCUCAUGUAGUGAAAGUUAAAAAGAGUAAACGAAAAAAGGACAAAGAAUCUGGCGUAGCACGCGGCAUAGAUUUUCAGUUUGUCUCUAACGUAAUUAAUUUUGACUUUCCCUUGGAUAUAAACUCUUACAUUCAUAGAGCUGGCCGAACUGCACGCGGAAAUAAUCAUGGAACUGCUUUGAGUUUUGUGUCGAUAAGAGAAAGGCCACGUCUUGAACAACUUGAGGAAGAAUUAAAACAUUGUUACAAUCGUGAUUCAUUAUUCAAAACAUAUGUGUUCAAGCUAGAGGAAGUAGAAGGUUUCAGAUAUCGAGCAAAAGAUGCUUGGAAAGCGGUAACAAGAAUAGCUGUACGUGAGGCUCGUUUAAAAGAAAUAAAACAAGAAGUUCUGAACUGUCAGAAAUUGAAAAGCUAUUUUGAGGAUAACCCAAGAGAUUUACAGUCUUUGAGACAAGAUAAAGCAUUACACACUGUAAGAAUACAGCAGCAUUUGAAGGAUGUACCCGAUUACAUAGUUCCACCUACUUUAAAAAGAUUAAUGGGCGUCGGUAAAAGAAAAAGAUUUAACAGAGAAGCUGCUGCAUCAAGAUCUACCGCCACACAGUUAAAAUACAAAGCGCGAGCGUCGAAUCCACUAAUCAGUUUACGAAUACGAAAAUAAAAGAUUAAGUUUGUAACAACAACAUACCCUUUUUUAAACUUGUUUAUUCGUUUUCGUUCAGUAUAAAUAACACUCUAUUAGAACAUAUAACUUCAUGGUUGCAAAUUGUACAAAACUGUAGGUGAAAAAUUACAGACUAUUCAAGUAUUUAUUUUUUAACAUAUAAUAUAGGAGUAUCGUAAUUAUUAAAACCUAUGACUUCUCUGUAA